AUGAUGAUAUUCAAGAAAUCAAACUGCAAAAUUAUGAAUAGCGAUGGAAAUAUGUUCGUGGUCAGAAGGAGUAGCGGUAUGCUGCAUGUGUUGGUGUGUUUGUGCUGUGUGGUAUGGGCAAGAUCAGAAGAGAUGAACAGAACGUUGGAUGCACCUGGAAGAGAGUUAAAAGGCUUAGAUGUGAGAAGAAAAGGUGUUGUUGGGAACAAAUCAAUAGUUGAGAAUCAUACUGCUGGUAAUGGCUGCGUUCUUCCAGAUGACCGCUCAAGAACCGGCCGUUCUUUGAAGGUUGGCCGUAUAACGCCGAGUAUCAAACAAAAAAACGAACAACCGCUGCAUAGCAGUGCAAGCGUGCUGAACCGUUUUGUUGACAAGGCACAUCUUCCAAAUGAUGAGGCAUCUCAUACCACAACAAUUAAUUUGGUGAAAGAGUACACAUUGAAUAUGCUUGGUAUUCUCUCACGGGAGAAGAAGUUUACAAGUACAGGGUACAGUUGCGAGGGUUACCUGCGCAUUAUGAAGGAUGAUGUGUACCGUGCACGAUCAAAGGAUGAACAAGCACAGCACAUCCUUCUGUCGGUGUUGCGCAGUACCGCAGAUGGAAGAGUUAUGCACCUCUCCGAUCGCGAGGAUCAUUUUAUGAUGAAGGGUACGAAGGAGGGGUAUGAAAAAGUGGAGAAAGUGUUGCACAGCCUGCUUAAGGAUUUAAAGAAUUGUUUGAGAGUUGGUACGAUUAGUGGUAGUGGGUGUAUUGAGAGGAAAUAUGUGAGGAGGGAACACGCGGAAAGAUCAUCAAGUCGGACGAAUAAGCUGGUUUUAGGGAACGAUGAAGAAAAACCACAUGAUAUCGUUUUGGGACGAAUCGCGGAGAUGACUACGGAGCAAGCCGAGAAUCCACCAGGUGACACGGUCACAGAACAGACCGAGGGCGCAUCUCACAACACGGUCACAGAACAGACCGAGGGCGCAUCUCACAACAUGGUCACGGAGCAGUUCAGAGGUGGGCUAUGUUAUAUGAUGAAUUUAUUCACGAUGAUCCAUGCACUCACGCGGUACGCAGUGUAUGAAAAGGAACAUACCACUACUUGUGAUGCACAUCCUACAGAAAGCACACCACAAAUCGAUAUGAGCAGCUUUUCCUUCCUUGUAGAGUUCAUAAAGAAUCUUCUCGAUCAAUGCCAGCAGAGCAACACCACGUUCAUGGUGCUUGUAGUCUUACCGCAGCAGGUAGAUGGCCAAGUCAGGCCUAAAAAGCCGUUGUAUAUUUCAAGCGUGAUGGAAAAAGCAGAAGGUAAUGAUCCGUGCGUUAAUUGUUGCAUAUUUUAUGAAUGUGCGUAUAAUACCGCUUCAUUGUGCGAUCUGAUGCCCUUUAUCAUCCGUAUUGCCUGCUCUGGAAAGGUUUGCGCGUCCAAUCUGCCACAGCAGUAUCUGCAAAGAAUGUCUGUCGAGCAGAUACAAGGGUUGAAUGUGCUUGUUGAAAAUAUGAGGGUGAAAAGAUGCAGCAAUGGGCAGUGCACUAAACGAGAGGAUACCUUUCAGCAAGAACUGCGCAAAUACUUAGUGGAUGUUCGUAAUGCUAGUGAAUAGGAUAGGUCCG